CCUUGGCCGAGAGAAGAUGGCGGACGGUGUGGACCACAUAGACAUUUACGCGGAUGUGGGCAAAGAGUUCAACCAGGAAGCUGAAUAUGGUGGGCAUGAUCAGAUAGAUUUGUAUGAUGAUGUCAUCUCUCCAUCUGCAAAUAAUGGAGAUGCCCCAGAAGACCGUGAUUACAUGGAUACUCUCCCACCAACUGUUGGUGAUGAUGUGGGUAAAGGAGCAGCACCAAAUGUUGUCUAUACGUAUACUGGGAAGAGAAUUGCAUUGUAUAUUGGAAACUUAACAUGGUGGACAACAGAUAAAGACUUAACUGAAGCAGUGCAUUCUUUGGGAGUAAAUGAUAUUUUGGAGAUAAAAUUCUUUGAAAACUGGGCAAAUGGCCAGUCAAAGGGGUUUGCCCUUGUUGGUGUUGGAUCUGAAGCAUCCUCAAAAAAAUUGAUGGAUCUGUUGCCUAAGAGAGAACUUCAUGGUCAGAAUCCUGUUGUAACUCCAUGCAAUAAACAGUUUCUGAGUCAAUCUGAAAUGCAGUCCAGGAAAACUACACAAUCAGGACAAAUGUCUGGGGAAGGUAAAGCUGGUCCUCCAGGAGGCAGUUCAUGUGCAGCAUUUCCACAAGGUGGUAGAGGACGGGGCUGUUUUCCGGGGGCUGUUCCCAUUGGGGACAGAUUUCCUGGACCAGCAGGACCAGGAGGACCACCCCCACCUUUUCCAGCUGGACAGACUCCACAUCCACCCUUCGGUGCUCCAGGCCCACCUGGUCCACCAGGUCCUCCACCUCCUGGUCAGGUUCUGCCUCCUCCUUUAGCUGGGCCUCCUAAUCGAGGAGAUUGCCCUCCACGACCAGUUCUUUUUCCUGGACAACCUUUUGGGCAGCCUCCAUUGGGUCCGCUUCCUCCGGGCCCUCCACCUCCAGUUCCAGGCUACGGCCCCCCUCCUGGUCCACCACCUCCACAGCAGGGAUCACCUCCACCUCCAGGCCCUUUUCCACCUCGCCCACCUGGCCCUCUUGGGCCACCCCUUACACUUGCUCCUCCUCCGCAUCUUCCUGGACCACCUCCAUGUGCUCCACUACCAGUUCCACAUGUGAAUACGGCUUUCUUUCCUCCACCGACUAACAGCGGCAUGCCUACAUCAGAUAACUGGGGUCCACCACCAACAGAUCCAUAUGGCCGAUCCCCACCAUAUGAUAGGGGUGACUAUGGGCCUCCUGGAAGGGAAAUCGAUACUGCAAGAACGCCAUUGAGUGAAGCUGAGUUUGAAGAAAUCAUGAAUAGAAAUAGGGCAAUCUCAAGCAGUGCUAUUUUAAGAGCUGUGUCUGAUGCCAGUGCUGGUGAUUAUGGGAGUGCUAUUGAGACACUGGUAACUGCAAUUUCUUUAAUUAAACAAUCCAAAGUAUCUGCUGAUGAUCGUUGCAAAGUUCUUAUUAGCUCUUUGCAAGAUUGCCUUCAUGGAAUUGAAUCCAAGUCUUAUGGUUCUGGAUCAAGACAUGAACGAUCAAGAGAGAGGGAUCAUAGCAGAUCACAAGAAAAGAGUCGGCGUCAUAAAUCCCGGAGUAGAGAUCGUCAUGAUGAUUAUUAUAGAGAGAGAAGCAGAGAACGAGAGAGACAUCAGGACUGGGACCAAGAUCGGGACUGAGAAUGGGACCAAGAGCGCGAGUAUCAUCAUCGUUAGAAGAAGCUGAAGGAAGAGGAACACCUUCCAAGACAAAACAGUCUUCAUGGGGGAAAAAUGACGCUUGUCCAGCAGUUUGCUUCUUGUGAUUGAACUGAACCCGUAAGGAUUCAUGGAUAAAAUGAAUAGGAAUAGAUCUGAAUAAAGCAAAUCUGCAUAAAUGGUAA